CGCCUCCUCUCUCGAUCCAAGCUCCCCCUCCCCCUCCCACUCCUCUCUCGAUCUAAGCUGUGUCGCCCUUAUUGCGAGUUCCGAGCUCCUCCAAACCCUAGCCCCUCGUUGUCCUACGACGCCGAAGACGAAGAAGACGACGAGGGUCCUCCAAACCCUAACCCCUCGUUGUCCUACGACGCUGCCAUAGCGCAGGAGCCCGAGCUCCUCCUCCACCGCCCCUCCGCCACGCCCCUCUCCCCCAGUCCUCCGCCUCCGCCGCGGCGGCGUCCCGCCUCCUCGGCCCCGCCGUUAGGGUCUGGGACCCCUGCAACCUCCUCCUCCGCCCCCCCGCGCCCCCCGACGCAGCCGCCGAGGUCCUCCUCGUCGCCCACGGCGAGUGCGGGGACGGAGCUCCCCGCGCGGACCUCGUCGGAGGGCGCCGCCCCGGCGCCGAGCUCACCGCCGCAGGGCGGCGCCAGGCACGAGCCCUCGCGGUGCUCCUCGACUCGCGGGGGGUGAGGUUCAGCGCCGUGUGCUCGUCGCCGUUAAAUCGAGCGAGGGCUACGGCUACAUUAGUUUGCCAGGGAUGGACCUACGGCUUGGAUGGAGUACUUCUCAAAGCUACUCGGAUAUCAGGAAUUAAACUCUUCAAUAAAAAUUGCGUGAUGCAGACAACAGUGAUGCCCCCUCUCUAAACUCGGAUCCCUAUUGGCGGCGGCGGCGUCGUCGUCGUCGUCGUCGUCGUCUCAGGCGGAGGAGCUCUCGGCGGCGGUGGAGGAGUGGCUGAGGAAGCUCUCGGUGGCGGCAUCUAGGGUUCCGACGGAGCCGCGAGGAUGAAUUUCGCGUUUACGCUUGCGCUCACGAAGCAAAGAAGUUCCAGAACCUUCUCGAAGCCAUCAAAGUAUCCGAUUUGUGCUCCGUAAACAUGCGAAGGCAUCCCGCUCCCGAUCACUUUUCCUAUCUCUAAAAAAGGAGUAUGAUGACUUGAACUCUAAAACUCUUGAAGCAGAGAAAGAGGUAAAAUUGGUGCAGAUGAAAAUACAAGAUACUAAAGCUCACCUGUCAAAGCUUCAAAAAGAUAUGGAUGGAUAAGAAAAGCGUCGAAAGGAACACUGCAGCUGAGCUAAGCUACUGAAGAUUUUCAAAGGAACUGUGCUUGGACUGUAUGAAGACAACAGGUUUAAAUCUGACUCGAAAAAGACACAACUCAAAGCAGUGGAUAUUAUUGGCUUGGGUUCUGGACCAGAGUUGGACAAGAAACUCAAGUAUGCAAGUGAUGUUUGUACUGAAGUAAUUUUUGGAAAAGAGCUUGUAAAUGCACCAGCAAAUGUUCUUACCCCUGGUGUACUUGCGGAAGAGGCUUCAAAAGUUGCUUCCUCGUAUAGUGAUGUUUUUACUGCAAAUAUACUAGACGUGGAGCAAUGCAAGGAGCUAAAGAUGGGUUCAUACUUGGGUGUUGCUGCAGCAUCUGCGAACCCUCCUCGUUUUAUCCAUUUGUGUUAUAAGCCUCCAGGUGGUGAUGUGAAAAGAAAGCUGGCUAUUGUUGGGAAAGGUUUAACAUUUGACAGUGGUGGUUACAACAUAAAGACUGGGCCAGGCUGUUCCAUAGAAUUAAUGAAAUUUGAUAUGGGCGGCGCUGCUGCUACUUUUGGUGCAGCAAAAGCUAUUGGUCAAAUCAAACCUCCUGGAGUAGAGGUUCAUUUUGUUGUUGCUGCCUGUGAAAAUAUGAUAAGUGGCACAGGCAUGAGACUUGGAGAUAUAGUUAUAGCUUCUAAUGGAAAAACAAUUGAGAUCAGCUGGAGCUGCGGAAAUUGAAGUGGGAAGCAAGACAUGCGGUGUUUAUUAUUUUUUUGCUACAUUUUGAACAAGUAUUUUUUGUUAGAACUUAUGUUUGAAAUUUAAUUUGAAUUCUGAUAUUGUAAUUUGAGAGUUGAGACUAUUUGUUAUA